UAAAAGGUAUUAAUUUAAUCGGAUAGGAGAUGCAUCUGGCAUUUCAUGCAUAUCCACCUAUAUGUUUAAGUUAAUUUAUCCCCAUCAUCGCCAUAAAAUGGCAAUCAGGCAAGCGUUUCAGUCGCAGUUCUUUAAUUAAUAACGGCGAACGGUUUUUAUUUUCCCAUCGGCUGGCCGUAGAUGUUGCGUUUACCCUCGUGGAGCAGAAAGAGCCAUCAGGAUCUGCAGAUCCUGCCGAUAAAACGGCUGGCAAACGGUUGUCAAUUUGCACGAGGAAAGUGAAGCCAUUAAUUGUCCCACUAGCCAUGCCGAUUCCCCAACCUCCGGGCAAUCAAGGUUGCGCAGUGGGAGCCUGUUUGAAGGGCCACGCCUCCCGACCACUCCCACUAUUACUCCCACGGCUACCGCCCCCGCAUCGAAAGUGCUGCCAAUUGACGACGACAUUGAGGAUUGACCAGGCUACGAACAACAACGGGGACAACUACAUCAACAUCGACAUCAGCAUCAAGGAUCCGGAUGUGGGGGCCUUGGCGUUCCAUUUAAUUGUUUUGCAGGACGCACGUGUUUUGCAUGCCAAAGGGAUUGCGGAGCACAAGCUUCUAAUUUCUGUUUGUGGUACCGUUUUUGGCAUUGCAUCCACGUAGCCGCGACCGCCUUUUAAUUAGCCAACUCAGCCCGCUCCAAUGAACUAGCCAUCGACACCGCUGUCGUCGGCGUCAGCGUUUGCGUUUCGAGUUCGCGUUUGCGUUGGCGUCGCCUCACUUAAUUAGCCAGGUCCAGGUGUCGAGCUUUUGGCGAAAAUUGCGGCUUACGCCAGCCAUUGCGCGUGGCAGCAAUUCAAUUUGGCCCGCUGAACACGUCGAAAAAUAUGCGAAAACUAAGGCUUCAGGUAAGAGUUCACGGCGAAUGGCAAACGAAAGGUAAUUGUGCUGCUAGCGAAAUGCAAACGAGGUACAGUCACGUUAAACUACCAGCAACGCAUCAUGCUUCCAAAGGCACUAGAAAAAAAAUACUUUUUUAAGGAUGAUCCAAAAAAGAUAAGGACUAAAAGCGAAUUUCUCCUGCUGUCCAAAAAAAAAUAAGCUUCAGCUGGUUGUACUCUAUUUUUCAAGUUUCGACGAAACUAAUACACCCCUCUGAAUUUGGGAAUAUCUCGUGUAGCUGUCAUAUCAUAUCAUAUCGACGCAUUUCCGUGAAAGAUUCCUAUGUCGCUUUUUUUUGGAAAUUGAGAUUUUAAUGCAAAAUUGUUAGGCACCUAAUGUCUCACUACCCUCUGAAAUAUUAUAACUGAAAGCCCUAUAGUUCCGAUAAAAAUUAAGUUUCAAUUUUAUGGUAUGUUACAAUGCUUUUCAAUGUGCGCGCGAAAUUAUCGUAUGUCCAUACAAAUUUUUUUUUCAUUUGCAUGG